UAGCGGACGUUGUGUAUGUGUUUCCGAGUCUCACGCGACGCUUUCCGACACAACACGGUUAGCAUAGCAAUGUGUUUGACGGCGUUACCUGAGCGUAAAUAAGGACUAAGGAGUUUAAUUUAGUCUCUUUUGACUACCCGAGGUAGAUGCCCAGAUUCCAGUAUCUGAAGAAGCAGCGGAGGGAAGCAGAAUGACGAAGCCCCGGAAAAAGCCUUGCCCCUCCUGUCGGGCCCCAAAUUCCCUUGGGAGGAUGACGUGCGUGGAGUGCGUCUGCCCCCUGCAAUUUAACGAAGGAUUAAAAAAGAAGCAAGCCAAGCUGAACCACUGUAGCUGGGCAUCCACUGUCAAGUCUCACAGGAACUCCAGCAGGAGCAUUAGGUCGGCCCAGCUGUCUGUUUUUAAACUCAGUGCCCUUGGCUGCUGCCCGAUUCUUUUUCUCGGGCGUCAGGGCCGCACCGGGGACAUUUGCGGGGACAUAGUCCACCACAUCCCUCUGACUGAUGGGGUGGCCCAGGAGAUAGUGAAGGAGAUGAGGAGACUCUAUGAGCACCUCCUGAAAAGUUUACCUAUGGAUGUCCAGAAAGUGAUUGUUGGUGAAGAACAUCAGCAGGAGUGGAGCUCCAGUCUGGACCAGGAGGACACAAAGCCCCCACACACUAAAGAGGAACAGGAGGAACUCCGGAUCAGUCAGGGUGUAGAGCAGCUUCAAGGACUGGAAGAGGCUGAUGUCACCAAGUGCCCAUUCACUCCUGUCCCUGUGAAGAGUGAAGAUGAUGAAGAGAAACCUGAGUUCUCACAAUUUCAUCAAAGACAAACUGAAGAGAUGAAAACAGAAGCUGAUGGAGGACCAGAACCAGCCAUGAACUCGGAUCCAGAUUUGCAUUCAAAACCUGAUGACGAGACUGGAGACCCUUCUGAACCGGAGACUGAUGACAGUGCUGAUUGGAAGGAGACCAGGGAACCUCAGUCAGGUUUAAACUCUCUGAAUGGUAACAAAGUCUAUGGCAGUGAUCUGAGAUGUAGUACUGGUGGGAGUGAGUGUGGGAAAAGAUUUGGCCCCAGUGGACACCUGAAUUCUCAUACAGGAGAGAAACCAUUCAGCUGCUCCAUCUGUAAGAGAGGUUUUGUAAAAAGUGGACAUUUACAUAGACACAUGAGAGUCCACGCAGGAGAGAAACCAUUCAGCUGCUCAGUCUGUAAGAAAGCGUUUACAGGAAGUGGAAGUUUACAUAUACACAUGAGAAUCCACACGGGAGAGAAACCAUUUAGCUGCUCCGUCUGUAAGAAAUCUUUUAGAGAGAGAGGAAGUUUACAGAGACACACGAGAAUCCACACAGGAGAGAAACCGUUCAGCUGUUCUGUCUGUAAACGAGCUUUUAUAGAGAGCGGUAAUCUUAAUAAACACAUGAGAAUCCACUCCGGAGAGAAACCAUUUAGCUGCUCAGUCUGUAAGAAAACUUUUAGAGAGAGAAGAAGUUUACAGAAACACACGAGAGCCCACACAGGAGAGAAACUGGUCAGCCAUGUGGGGUGGAGCUCCAGUCUGGAAGGAGAGCAGGUAACCUCAUUCAGUUUGAAACCCUCUGAAAAUAAAUGCAUUAUUUAAAAGUGAUAUGAGAUGCAAUACUCUGUGGGUCCUUUAAAAGCCAUACAAGUCUAAAAUCGAAUAAUGAAUAGUAUUAUGAACAUAAUAUAAAUUCACGGAAUUCCAAAGAUUAACUUGUUAAUAUUUUAAACUUAAACUGUACUUGUUUUCAAAAUGGAACAAAUAGCCAAUUUAUUUGACCCAAUCCCUCGACAAAAUGGCAGCUGUUCUGUAGUCACAAGGAACAGCCACCCCACUCAGUCUGCCAGCAGACUCCCCAGAUUUAAAAAGUCUCUAAAUUUGAAGCGCUGUGACGUCACCAGCCUUCUAAAGGCAACAACUGCCAUUGUGCUUGGCUAUUCCUGCACUCCAGAUGUUCUUUUCUAGCAGAUGACACAAGUGCCUGCUUACAGUAAACCAGUUAUCAUUGCUGACUUGGGCAAAGUCCACCAGCUAAUCCGACACAGCUGAAGAACGAAAGCAGUUAGCAUCAAGCUAACUACCAGGACUGAAGCAAACAGCAUCAUUCAGCCUGCAGGAUUGGUAUGCAGCACAACAGAGACUGCAUCGCUUGACUUCAGAACCACAGUUCUCCCAGCCUGGCUUUCCCACAGGAUUUCUUCCUGUGGUAAUGUGACCAAUUGGGCCAGCGUUAGCAUAGCGACAGCAGCUAAGCAAAGAUGUUAACUGUUUAGCUUAACGUAUAUGUAGUGAUUUGAUUUAAUGCCAUCCAGACCUAUAUUUUUGUAAUGUUCUUUUAGUCAAGUUAUUGGAUAGCCAAACUGCUCUCCAGUUGAUGUUAGUUUUGACACAAAAUCUAGCAUGUAACUAACAUCCUCUUUCUAAACCUGGUACCUUAAAGGUGCAGUAGGUAAGCCUUAUAAAACUACCUUUCUGUCAUAUUUGCUGAA